CCAAGGUGAAUGGAUAGAAAUUAUCAUCCAUUGUUGUUUUGUUUCCUAACAACAGAUAGAACUGUGGCAAAAUAACUAUUACUUAGUUUUGCACUUUAUUUCAGUUCUUGUUUUUUAGCAAAACUAUAAACUAUAGCAAUGGGUAUCGAUAUUCAUGGAUUAUAACUUCAUUCUUGGAAUAUAUUGAAACAACGCGAUCCACAUCAUCAUUUCAAAAAAAAUGGAACAAAUGCAAACUUCCACCGGUCAAGUGCUCCCCCACAUCGUGCAAGUAUACCAGCCGACUAUAACAGACACCAAGAUACAGAGCCGGCAGAUAAUCCACCUGUCUCACCCACCACUCACUUCACAGAGCAAUAUUUACCAGCAGCCCAUGUCGGAGCCCUUGCAUAUGCCUUCACAGCAUAUUGCGCAUGAGAUCAGUCAGAUACAGACCUCUCAGAACUUGGUGAUGUCGUGUCAGCAGACUCAUUUGCAAAGCCUGCCGUUGCAAGGGCAAAUGUCUUCACAAGUCCUGCAACCAUCGACACCCUUACAAAUAACUUCCCACGUGAUCCUGCCGCAAGCAGCCAUGUUUAAACAGCACAUGCUGGUGAACAGCGUGCAUCACCAGUAUUAUAGUUACGAGGCCUAUCAGAAGGACGAGUUUCAGAAGGAUUGUGUGGCGAAGGCCGAGCCAGGGUUGCCGUCUAUCAAUGAGAAACAGAUAGAAUGUAAACCAGAGCAAGUGGAAAUAACACAUCAAUCAUUAGAAAUCGAGAUUGAAAACAUAACCAAAAGAUCAAGAAGCCUGGUCCCUAACCCUAACCAAUGGGCCUGCAACGUCAGAAAACUGAAGCACCAACGAGGAGAAGCCUAUAUCAGUCGCCGAGGGAAAUAUGUCCCGGAACGAAGGGUUAGAAACACCAAAGACUGCCUCAAAACCUGUAAAUACAAAUGUAAUGAGAGAAUUGAUGAUACAGACAGAGAACAUAUCUUCAAAGCAUUCUACUCCUUAAACGCUAAUGAAAAGAAACACUUUUUGCUUAACACCACUGAAAGAAACUAUGUAAAACAUAGUAAGCUAGACACUGAUCGCAAAAGAAAGUACUCUUUUAAAUAUUUCUUCUUAGUUAGAGCUGUAAGAUACACAGUAUGUAAGAAUUUCUACUUAGGAACAUUAGCUAUAUCUCAAAAGCCGGUCUAUAAUGUGCAUUUAACUAAAUCUGAGAUGAACAUCCCGAAGCCAGAUGGUAGAGGUCUAAAUCAGGCCAGUGCGCACUCUAUGCCUCAAGAAAUAAAAGAUAAGGUAAGAAACCACAUAUUAUCUUUCAACACAUUAGAUGGGAAGCAAAUUAAGCAGUUUUCUAGAAAAAAACAAUAUCUAGAUCCUAUUGUGAGCAUAAAACAGAUGUAUACUAUGUAUCUUAAUGAGUGUAGUAAAGAUAAUGCUAUGCCUGUGAAAGAGUCUAUGUAUAGGAAGAUAUUUAAACAGGAGUUUAAUUUGCAUUUUAAAAAGACGAAAGACGGUCAGUUGUGCUGUAGAUGUAAAGGGCCAGUGAAAAAGAAAUUGUCGUAGAUAAACCUAGUAAGGGAAAAAAAAUCUUAGCUG